AUGAAGGAUAGUGAUUUCGAUAUUGCCUGCCAUUUUUAUAAAGCUCAGAAUAAUAAAGCUUUUACUUUGACAUAUGAUCAAAAAUUGACUUUCUCGGCCCUAUUUAACCAAGUUAAACAUGGCCCAUUUUCUCCUGGAAAGGCGCCAGACGUUGGCGUUUUUGAUUUUGUUGGCAAAGAGCGCAGAGCCAGGUGGCAAGCGCUGGGAAAUAUGACCACAGCUGAAGCUCAAGAUACAUUUGUGCAGACUCUUCUCCAAAUCUGUCCUCAAUUCGCUGCCCAGUUGGAAGUGAAUGACACCAAUCAUUGCGAAAAUGGUUUCGAGAUUGAGCUUGCGGACUGCAAUGACCUCCCUCCUACGGUAGUUCAUGGUCUAAACAGGUAA